AUGGAUCGCCUCCGGCAACGGUAUCCGGAUAAGGUCCCCAUUCACCUAUCCCAAGGUGUGCCCUUUCUUUGGGACGUAUCGGAUGUCGAUCGUGCACGUACGCAGCACCACAUCUGCGGGCUCUUAACAGGCACACUCCCGUUGAUUCCGCAACAGAAUGUAUUCCUGGGUCUGCCAUUACGGCUGAUCCCUGAAGAAGUAGUUUAUCUGCUACGCAAAGGUGUCGCUCUUCUUAUCGAUGAAGCUCAGGCCUAUUCAGAGCCCACUGAAGCUGAACGCGUGGCUUUUCGCGACCAAGAACUGAAAGGCAUCCAAUUACAAAAGGAGCGCACUCUUACUGAGCAGAACGAACGCCGCGACCGCAUAGAAGCCAAGCUACGAGAAAGCGGUGGCGACGGCGCACUAGAGCGUCGUCGCGCACGGCAAGCAGCGAAGGAGGGUGGAGAGGCAUUCGCAUCGGGCUUGACGUCGCAUGAGGAGCGGUCUGAAGGCACAAUGGCGCGCAUGCCAUACGUUCAUUAUACCCUCGGAGAAUCAGGAGGCAUCCCAGGUUACGUUCCGUGCACGCGCGAGAUGUUGGACGGUCUCCCCACUGGCACUCGCGCGAACACCUAUACGACACUUAAAGAAGCGACUGACGCCGGGAUCUGGUCGUAUCCGACGACAGUCGAAGAACGUGCACGCUGCGCUGUUUUUGAAGACCUGCACGAGAAGGGUUUCUUCUUGAGCACAGGCCUUCGAUUCGGCGGUGAUUUUGUCGUAUAUCCGGGCGACCCGCUCCGGUAUCAUUCGCACUUUACUGCAACUAUAUUGGUUACACCGACUCAGCCUAUACCAGCCUACCAUAUCAUAUCAUCAGGUCGUCUGGGAACAGCAGUAAAAAAGUCGCAUUUGCUCUGCCAGGCGAAUACCCGCAUUAUUGACAACACCCAAGCUCAAGAUCGGCGGCGUCGUGGCGACGACGACUCGCUCCAUAAGCCCUGGGGUCGUGUUGAAUACUGGAGUUUGGCCUGGGCAGGCUUCGGAACAUGA